AGGGUUUGAAUCCGGGCUUCGGCCUUCCUGUGUGGAGUUUGUGUGUCUGCGUGGGUUUUCUCCUGGUACUCUGGUUUCCUCUCCCACCCCCGCCCUCCAAAUAAAUGCACAGUAGGUCCAAUAGAUGUGUGUAUAAAUCUGAAGGGUUGCGUCAAUGUGUGCCCUGGGAUUGACUGGCAACCGGUUCGUUGUGCUGUCCCUCCCAAUUAGAGAAUUCAAAGUAAUAAAAAACGGCUAGAUUAAAGCAAGCCCAGUCAGUUGAGCGUUUUAGAUGAUGAUGGAUGACAUCUAGUGGCAGCUCGAGACACACUUCGUUGAAGCCUUCCCCUUUUUACAAAACAGGGUUCUGCUGUUCGCCCUCAAGCAACGAAGAACAUUUUCUUGAAAAAAAUCGCUCAGUGACUCUUUCAAUGCAUUGAGACACUUGAGCUCAGUUUCAUUCAUUUAUGUAAACGUGUUCAUCGAAAAUAUAUUUUUAAUUACUGUAUCUCAAAUGUUUAAAAAAAGGAAGGCAGCAACGAUGGUUUGAAGGAAAAAAUGAAGAAAAGAGUAAAGGAGACAUAGAUGGUAAUUUAAACAAGGAUGGAGGAAGGAAGAGGAUAUAUGAUGGAAGGAUAAAAGGAGGAAGAAAGACACGUGGUAUGGGGGCGAGGUGCAGAAUAAUGGAAUCUUUGAAUUACGCACUUGUUGCAGUAGCAGGCAGAUGACGCCAGGGGGUGCUCCAAGUCUGACAAAUCUUUCUGUUUAGGAUUGGAAGCGUCAACUCGCUGUGUUCCAGAACUGCGACACUUUGCACGGCCAAUUUGCUUGUAUGACUUUGUCCCUGCUGUUGAUUAGCGACAAUCCGCCUGUCUUGGAGCCGAGGUCGGACGAAAUCGACGUCUUUUCCGAGCUUCCCCGCGGCGCCCCUCCAACAUGCCGCUCAGCUCGGCUCUGCUGAGUCGGAACUACGACUACGACUACGACUCCCUCCAGCCUUACUUCUACUACGACCACUCGGAGGAGGACUUUUACCCGCAGCAGCCGCAACCCCCGGCGCCCAGUGAGGACAUCUGGAAGAAGUUCGAGCUUCUCCCCACACCGCCGCUGUCGCCCAGCCGUCGUCCGUCACUCACCGGCUUGCCCUACCCGUCUACUGCCGACCAGCUGGAGAUGCUCAGCGAGUUCCUGGGCGACGACGCCGUAAACCAGAGCAUCAUCUGCCACGCCGACUACUCUCAAACCUUCCUCCAGUCCAUCAUCAUCCAGGACUGCAUGUGGAGCGGAUUCUCGGCCGCAGCUAAGCUCAAGAAAGUGGUGUCGGAGCAGCUGGCAUCGCUGCACGCCACCCGGAGGCACUCGUCUUCCUCCUCCUCCAACGCCGCCGCAGCCAGCCCUGCAACCGCCGCCCCCUCGGCGGUGGUUUCCCCUGCGUCUGCCACCUCAGAAUCCGUUUCGAUGGAACCCGCUGCCGCGGCCGCCUGGAGGCUAAACAGCAGCUACCUGCAGGACCUCAAUACGGCGGCGUCCGAUUGCAUCGACCCGUCGAUGGUCUUCCCCUACCCGGUGGCCGAGACCCCCAAGCAGGGCGAGCCUCCCGGUCAGCACUUGGGGCUGGACACGCCGCCCAACAGUGGGAGCAGCAGUAGCAGCGACUCUGAAGAAGAUGAGGAGGAUGAGGAGGCGGCGGAAGUUGAUUACGGCGAAGAGGCGGAGGAUGAGGAGGAGAUCGACGUGGUGACGGUGGAGAAGCGGCAAGCGGUGAAGCGUUGCGACUGGUCGUGCGGCGGCCCCGCCGGCCCCCUGGUGCUGAAACGCUGCCAGGUCUCCACCCAGCAGCACAACUACGCCGCGCACCCGGCGGGCAAGAGGUUCAAGAUGGAAGGUGGUGCAGCGUGCGGAAGCGCCAGCCAGAGCCGCGUGCUGAAGCAGAUCAGCGGCAACCGCAAGUGCUCCAGCCCGCGCUCCAGCCCGUCGGACUCGGAGGAGCACGACAAGCGUCGGACUCACAACGUGCUGGAGCGCCAGCGUCGCAACGAGCUCAAGCUGAGCUUCCUGGCGCUGCGUGACCAGAUACCCGACGUGGCCAACAACCACAAGGCGGCCAAGGUGCUGAUCCUCCAGAAGGCGGCCGAGUGCGUCCGAGGCAUGCAGGCCGACGAGCGCCGCCUACUGUCGCUCAAGGAGCAGCUGAGGCGGCGAGGGCAGCUCCUCGCGCACAAACUCUCCGCGCUGCGCCACCAACCCGCUUAAGUGGUGCUCGCCGCCGCCGUCGUCUUUAUUUGUUUGUUUGUUUGUUUUUUAACGCAGGCUGUACUGUACAGUUGUUUGCAUGCAGAUGCAGAGGGGAAAAAAAGAUGUUUGGAAUCUGCUUUGAUUUCAAUGUUAAAACUGCCUCAAUUGAAGUUAUUGGUGGGUUCAGAUAUUUAAAGUUUAUUUUUAUUAAGAAAAUAUCAGGAAAAAUGCGGCCCUACGGUUUUAUAGCAAAGGGCCCAAAUUAAAAUAUGAUUUUUAAAAAUGUUUUUGUACAUAUUAAUAUUUCCUAAGAAAAUGUAUUUUUGGAUCUCAAUUGUCUGGAUGUUCAGACCCUGUUUUUUUUUUUUUUGCAUUCUGCUCUUUGAUUCCCUUUUUGACAUAUAAAACCAACAAUGUUUCUUCCAA